AUGCCAAAGAAAACCAAGAAAGGUGGCGGUAAGACGGAGGAGGAGAGGCUGGUGCACCAGCAGCAGAGAGCUCAGGCCGAGGAGGAGAUGGCCAAGAAGAAGGAGGAGACGCUCACACUGUUCCUGAAGGACAAGCUGCAGAAGGAGGAGAGGAACACGGCGGUGAACCAGCUGAAGCUGAGCGAAAGCUGGAGGAUGAUCCUCUGUCAGACUCGAGCCGCCGAGCUCCACCGAGACGCCGCUGUACAGCAGCAGACAUUCGAGAGGCAAAUGGACGAGCUGAACAUCAUCAUCCAGAGAGUGGCGGCCGACCUGCAGGAGGUGGAGCGUCAGUCAGCGCAUGCUCAGCGCUCCCACCUGCAGCAGGUGGAGCAGCUGUUGGCGCAGCAGGACCGACGGCUGCAGCGCCUGCAGGAGCAGUGGGAUGACUGCAUGCAGGACCUGAAGUCCACUCUCAGCGCUGAGAGGAAACAGAUGCUGAGCCAGUGUGAGCAGCAGCAGGUCAAACUGCAGAACCUGGCGCUGUCUGCAGAGCAGAGGCACAGGGACUCGAUGAGGGAAAUCCACAAGCUGAAGAAAGGAGACCAACGUGACUCGAGUCUGAGAGGUUUAACUAGUUUCAGUUUUGCGUCUUCGUCUGUUGGACAGAUGACAGCUUCAGAGGAAUACCAGAAGCUGAAGGACGCUAAUCUGCAGCACACGAAGGCUCUGCAGCAGAAAACCCAGGAGCUUGAUGAGCUGGAACAGAACCUCUCCAAAACCCGGAAGGGCUUCAGCAGCCAGGCGGAGGAGGAGAACAAGCUGCUGGAGAAGGAGAUGGCCUGUAAGGCAGGAUGCACCUUGAUGGAAAGAGACCUGGAAGCCAAUGUGAGCCAUCAGUGUUACCAGCUCCGGAAUCAGCUGAGCCGAGCUUGCAUGGAGGCGAGGAGGCGGCUCACCGAGUUCAGCGUCCUCGACGAAAACGCCGCCGACGAGCUGCAGGCCGUCACAGCCAAGGCCGAGAAGGUUCUGCUUGUUGCUGAGAUGUGCUGCAAGCUGCAGAGUGUCUCGUCAUCUUCAUCACGUCCCACAGAGGAGCACAGAAACAAGGAGGCCUGUGAGUUCCUGGAGCUGCAGCCGCUGAUGCAGCGACUGAACGCCGCAGUGCUGCAGCGACAAAUCCUGAAGAAACAUGAAGAGGAUCUGAGCCGAGAGAAUGAGCAGCUGGAGCUCCUGUUGCUUCACCUCGACGACGCCAUCGACGGACGCCGCGCUCUGCUCACCGUGUCCCAGGCCCCGACCACAAGCAUCCCAGCGGCCGCCGACAGACGCCACAACGUCAUCGAGGCUGUCCACGCCGUCAAACACUCUCUGUAGCGCUCUGACCUCUGACCUCAGCGAUCAACUCAGCUGUGAAUGUUCUGACUGAGGUUCCUGCAGUUUGUUACGAACGUAGAGCAAAAGAACGAACCUGAGAAAAACAUACGAAGAGUGAAAUUUGAUGUUUUUGUUGUUAACUUGGAUUUUAAAUUAAAUCCUGAGUGAAAUUAAA